CCAGCCACAGCAGCAGCAGGGAGUGUAGCGUCUCCACCCCCAGUGCGCGUCCAGACCGUCCUCCCCAGCAUGUUUGACGCGGGAGUGGGGAUCAUGCAGAGCUGGUUCUGUGCCUGCUGGGACAGCUCCUGGGUGUUGUACACCUGCGUCCUUCUGGUCCUGGUCAUCUGGGUGGCCAUGGCGACGCAGCACAGCUUCUCCUGGAGAAGCAGGAUGGCUCUUCUGGUCUGCAGGCUCCGGCGGAGGGGGACAGAGGACGAGGGAGAAGGUGCAAAGAAGCAGCGGGUGAAGCAGCUGCGUGACCGGCUGUGGUGGGACCCCCCACGCCGCGCUCACCGAGCCGCCAGGCGCCGCUCCAUCCGCCAGCUACUAUGUGACAACUCAGACUGUGCCCUGUGCUACGAGGCGGCCCGGCAAGCCGAGCGGCUGGUAUACACCGAUAGGGCCAGCGCAUGGGUCCCUGCUGGGCCAGGGUCACCUCCUGCUCCCGCCUCCCGCUCCAAAGGGAGAAACCUGCUCGGUAGAGGCCUGGAUGUGCUGCAGUGGUGCCGCUCUAGGACAUCUAUAGGCGACCAGGUCCUCCCACCGGCACAGGGCCCCUUCCCACCCAGCAAGUCCCGCUCCCCUCCCGAGCGCCAGGCAGGCAGCCGGAAAACGGAGUGCCGCCCGCCGAGGGAGGAUGAGGAGAGGCUGUCCCGCCCACAGCAGGCCAAAGGCUCCUCCACAGAGCAGGACGAAUGUCUCUUCUGCUCCUCUCUCUGGGCUGAGACUCUCCUUCGCGGGCAAGAGCAGGCCCAGAGCUCCUCUUCUCUCCAGCACGAGCCGCCCCUACUCGCUUGGGAGCUGAGAACUGGGUCGAGCCAGCACGAGCCAUUUCUUCCCAGGCAUGAGGAGUACCCCGGCCCCACUCCUGCCCAGCAUGAGCCCUUCCCUCCAAGCCAAGCGGAACAUGGCUGGGUCGGGAGUUUCCUGCACAGAGGCAGAGCAAGGAGCCCCCAGGCCGCUCCCCAGAGGCAUGUGCAUCGCCCCGAUUGGAUGCCGUUUCUGGCCAAGUCCUCAGGCGGGACCAGGAUGUCAGGGCGGGAGGCCAAACGCCAGCGAGACCAAGAAAGCAUGGCACCCAGGGCCACGGGGGAAGCUCCGAUGUCUCUAGCUGGGAAACCCCUGGCGCGGGUCAGCCCUGGAGCCCUGCGUGUGCCCGGCAGGCUCGAAUUGGCCGAAGCGGAGACCCCCUUCCUCCAGCGCGACGUCAGGGAGAGUCUCGAGCAGCACGUCCAGGUAAAGAGGCUGCAGCACACCCUGGGGCUGCCCUGCACCCUGCAGAGCGCUUUGAAGAUCUUCAUGUCCCCAGCACCGAAACGCAUCGCACGCAAACCCUCGGGGGCAGGCAGGGUGGUGACGAUGCCACAGGCCCUGCCCUUCCUGAGCGUCGGCUCCAGGACAGAGCUGGAGCGGCAUCUGCAAAGGAUGGUGCAUCUUAAGAGAUGGGGGCUGCCCAGGAGGAUCCAGGAGUCCUUGAGGAUGCUGAUGCCAGCCACACCUCCACACCCCCGGCUCGGCCCCCUGCCGUCUGGGAGAUGGGCUCCAAGGGGGCCAGGCCCAGUGACGAGUGCAGCCCAGACGCCCGGCCUCAGAGCUAGAGCCCCAGCCCAGGCCUCCCAGGGCCCCGCCAGAGCGUCCAAAUCCGCACCCGGCUCGCACUGCUGCAGAGACACCCGGGAGAUGCAAGGGCACAUUGCCAGGAAGGGCUUGGAAAUCAGACUAGGCGCGCUGCCUGCCGUGCUGAGGAGCUCUCAGAAAAUGGCUGCCCUGGGGUGCAGAGACCUGCUCCUGCCUAAACUGAUCCCCCCAGGCUGCAAGGCCCCCCUGGCCCGCCACCAGCUCUGCCCCCUGCUCAGCUGCAAGGCGGGCAGCGUGGAGCUCAACGUGAGGCACAAGCACAUCCAGUACCUCUGGGCUCUCCCCACCCUGUACGCGGAGUCCCUGGCCAAGAUGGUGCCCUGCCCGCCCGUGCCACCCACCCCCCUGCUGCCCCUGGGUGUGGCCAUCGAGUUCUACCCCCUGGAGACACCCUUCAUGGCCCCCGAGGGCCGGGAGUUGCUGGAGAGGCAUGUCCUGAGGAAGCGGCUGCAGCACGAAUGGGGCCUGCUGGGCCUGGUGCGGCGAUCGCUGAGGUGUUUCAUGCCACCCCUGACCACGCGCCCCAGGUCCAAGGGGAGCGACUGGCGGCAGCCAUGGAGCUCCGUGUCAGCAGCGGGGCCCCUCCCAUCCUUCUGGCCACCAAGAGGGAGCUGGAAGCCCACAUCCGGCGGAGGAUGGCCGAGAGGAGGUGGGGGCUCCCCAGGAGGGUGCAGGAGUCCCUGCGGGGCUUCAUGCCCCCCACGACCGCAGCUCCGGGGACACAUCCAGACACGCAAGGCAGAAGGGCCAGCCGGCCACUCAGGGGGCUGUCAGCGAGAAGGGCUCCAAGAGAAUCACCCUCCAGGGUGGCACCCCUGGGCCCCACAGCGGUGGCUGUUCCUUAGCCGGGCCCCUGGGAACUGCAUGGCGCCAGCCCCUCAGCCGGGACACAUGCCACCAGCUGCUGGAGAGACAUUUGACAAGGAAAAACAUAGAGAUUCGUCUGGGCCUGAUCCCCCGCAGGGCCCAACACUCACAGGAAGCCGCCCGCCGGGUGGGAAAGCUCCCCUUGCCCCAGCUGAUUCGGCCAGGCCAGAGAUCCCUGGAGCUGCGGCCCCGGGAGCUGCUCUUCCUGGAGCAGGCGGCCUCGGAUCACCUGGAGCUCAACCUUCUCCACAAGCACCUGAGCUUCAGGUGGGGGCUGGCCCCUCGCCCGCCCCGCCGCCCGUCAGCUCCCACGCAGCUGGGACCAAGUUCACGGAGCAGGAGCUGCCCUUCCUCCCACCGGGAGCCCGGGAGGAGCUGGAGCUCCACGUGAGGAAGAAGAGGCUGCAGCACGAGUGGGGGCUGCCUCUGAUCAUCCAGAAAUCCAUGCGGGGCCUGAUGGCAGCUCCCCCCGGCCCCAGCCAGCCCAAGGCCCCUCCGUCGGCCGACAGGGACGUGGCCAUUCUCCAGCCUGAGCUGUCCUUCCUCAGUGAGGGCAGCAGAUGAGAGCUGGAGCUCAACCU